CGUAUUUAUAAAGCCGACCGAUUCGCUUCUUCUCUCAAACAUUCCAUUCCAUUCUCCUAAAAACAAGAUCGACACCAAAAAAAAACGAAUCUAGGGUUUUCAGAAUUUUGACGAAGAAAGAUGGCGAUGCAGAAGGCUAAAGAGACCGUCUCCAGCAACCCCGUCGUUGUUUUCAGCAAGUCGUAUUGUCCGUACUGUGUGAGAGUGAAGGAGCUUUUGCAGCAAUUGGGUGCUAAAUUCGUUGCCGUUGAGCUCGACAAAGAGAGUGAUGGUAGCCAAAUUCAAUCAGCUCUGGCAGAAUGGACUGGGCAACGCACCGUUCCCAAUGUCUUCAUAGGUGAAAAACACAUCGGUGGCUGCGACAAUGUGACCAAACUGCACAAAGACGGGAAGUUGGUUCCUAUGUUGACUGAAGCUGGAGCUAUUGCUGCAACUACUGGAACUACUUCUGCUUAAAGGGCACAAUCAGUUUGUGAUUCGCUUCUAUCAGGAAUAAACAAGUUUGAGCAAUAAAUGUGAACUUUGUCUGAAAUGUUUUAAACUUGUGGUUAUGUCGAAGUCGGUUUUGAACUUCUGAUACAUUUAUGUUAUAAUUAUCAGCAUUUUGCUAGUAAUUUCAUUUCUCGUAAUA